GGGACUUUUCUCUUUUUUUUUCGCUUGCAUCAUUGUCAUUGAAAUAAUGAAAUUCCAAAGUCUCGGGUCGCGUUUACUACCAUGCUGUUUUGUUGGCGCCGUUUGCAUGUCUAAAUAAAAUACUUUACUAUUAAAUCGAAUGACAUUGAAAAAUUAAGGAGUCGUGGAAAAUGCCGACGAAGUCCAAGGGAGAAACGCUGAAGGAGUUUGUCGUGGUUGGACGUAAGUUGCCGUCCGCGAAAGAACAUAAUCCACCAAUUUAUAAAAUGCAGAUCUUUGCAUCAAACCAUGUGAUUGCAAAGUCCAGAUUUUGGUAUUUCACCAGUAUGCUACGACGGGUUAAGAAAGCAAAUGGAGAAAUUCUCGAAUGCAAAGAAGUUUUUGAAAGGAGACCAGGAUACAUCAAAAAUUAUGGCAUUUGGCUUCGGUAUGACUCACGCACUAAUCAUCACAAUAUGUAUCGUGAGUACCGCGACAAUACUAUUGCUGGAGCCGUAACACAGUGUUAUCGGGAUAUGGGUGCACGUCAUCGGGCACAAGCUGACCGAAUUCAGAUCAUCAAAGUACAAGUGAUUAAAGCAUCUGAUUGUAAACGAGCGGCCGUUAAGCAAUUUCACAAUUCGAAAAUUUGUUUCCCAUUGCCACAUCGUAUUGCAAAGAGAAGAAAUGCUGCUGUCUUCACUACUCGUCGUCCAAGAACACAUUUCUCAUAAAUACGUUGUUUUGUUAUUGUUGUAAGAAUAAAGGAGUUUUGAAUUUGGCACAUGCUGAAA